AGGCCCCUGACCCCUGCCCACCACCUCCUAGCCUCGGGAUGCUCCCUUUCGCUUCCUGCCUCCGCGGCUCUCUACUGCUGUGGGCGCUGCUGCUGCUGCUCCUGGGGGCAGCGUCUCCCCAGGAGUCUGAGGAGCCGGACAGCUAUACGGAAUGCACAGAUGGCUAUGAGUGGGAUCCAGACAGCCAGCACUGCCGGGAUGUCAACGAGUGCCUGACCAUUCCUGAGGCCUGCAAGGGCGAAAUGAAAUGCAUCAACCAUUAUGGGGGCUACUUGUGCCUGCCCCGCUCGGCUGCCGUCAUCAAUGACCUACAUGGCGAGGGACCCCCACCACCAGUGCCCCCUGCUGAACACCCCAGCUCCUGUCCACCAGGAUACGAGCCGGAUGAACAGGAGAGCUGCGUGGAUGUGGAUGAGUGUACCCAGGCCUUGCAUGACUGUCGCCCCAGCCAGGACUGCCAUAACUUACCUGGCUCCUACCAGUGUACCUGCCCAGAUGGCUACCGCAAGAUCGGGCCAGAGUGUGUGGACAUAGACGAGUGCCGCUACCGCUACUGCCAGCACCGCUGUGUGAACCUGCCCGGCUCCUUUCGCUGCCAGUGCGAGCCAGGCUUCCAGCUGGGGCCCAACAACCGCUCCUGUGUGGAUGUGAAUGAGUGUGAGAUGGGGGCCCCGUGUGAGCAGCGUUGCUUCAACUCCUAUGGGACCUUCCUGUGUCGCUGUCACCAGGGCUACGAGCUGCAUCGGGAUGGCUUCUCCUGCAGUGAUACAGAUGAGUGCAGCUACUCCAGUUACCUCUGCCAGUACCGCUGUGUCAAUGAGCCAGGCCGCUUCUCCUGCCACUGCCCACAGGGCUACCAGCUGAUGGCCACACGGCUUUGCCAAGACAUUGAUGAAUGUGAGUCAGGUGGGCAUCAGUGCUCUGAGGCCCAAACCUGUGUCAACUUCCAUGGGGGAUACCGUUGUGUGGACACCAACCGUUGUGUGGAGCCCUAUAUCCAGGUGUCGGACAACCGCUGCCUCUGCCCCGCCUCCAACCCCCUGUGUCGAGAGCAGCCUUCAUCCAUUGUGUACCGGUACAUGAGCAUCACCUCGGAGCGCAGCGUGCCAGCCGAUGUGUUCCAGAUACAGGCAACUUCUGUCUACCCCGGGGCCUACAAUGCCUUUCAGAUCCGUGCAGGAAACUCUCAGGGGGACUUCUACAUUAGGCAAAUCAACAACGUCAGCGCCAUGCUGGUCCUCGCCCGGCCAGUGACAGGCCCCCGGGAGUACGUGCUGGACCUGGAGAUGGUCACCAUGAACUCCCUCAUGAGCUACCGGGCCAGUUCCGUACUGAGACUCACCGUCUUCGUGGGGGCCUACACCUUCUGAGGAGGGGGGGACCCUUAGAGAGGGGCCAUCUGCCCCCUGUAGCUGAGGAGCCUGGGGCUCAGAGAUGACUGUGUUCUGCUAAAAAGCAAGAUGCUGUGAAGGAUAGAAAGGCAAUAAAGGGAAAAAGGAGUCCUGGUGGCUGAGGUAGGCGGGCAACCUCAGCUUGGGGAAGGGGCCGGGCUUGGGAGAAGCAGGCCAAGCCCACCUGAAGGGAGCUGUGUUCAGGUUGAGGGGCUCCACUGAGGUGGGCCUGAGGGCUUCAGAAUCACCCCAGGCCUCAUCCCAGCACCCUGCUUGGCUGACGUGGAGGGGGGUGAGAAACCUUACCCAGGACAUGGCCAAGAAGCCCAGAGUUGGAGUCCUAGCGCUGCCUCAAAGUAGAUAUUUGUUUAAGCCCCGCUCGCUUCCUGGGCCUGUUUCACAAUCUACAAAACGAGAUGAUGACUGUGACUGCUUUCCUAGCUCCUCUUUUCCACGUUAUAGAACUUCUUAUCAAAUGAACUUUUAUUGGACAAGGGACCAUCUAAUUACAUAAAGUAGAUUCAAAGCUG